GCCGUGCGCACCCAAAAACCCCAGGACUGGAACUGGAAUGGAAUGCUGGUGUUAAUCCUUGCCUCUUGCCUUUCUCGCCGAUUCCGCCGUGCCACCAUAAAAUCCUGCGAGGGCGGCGUCGUUGCGUUCAAUCCUGGUGCGUGAGAACGCGAUUUCACCGCGGACUUGAUAUAGGACGGGGGGUUUCUCGGCCCAAUCCCAUCCAGUCUCGCUGCCAUUUUGCAGAGAUUGUGCUCCGGUUCGGGGGAAAAGGUGAGUCCUUUCCGCUCCUCCUUUGCAUGUUUGGAUCGAGGUACAUUUGGGAGAAAAAUCGCGUUGUUCCUUUAAAGAUUCGAUGAAGAAUCGCUGUAUUUGUGUCCAAGAGUUCUCUGUGUCGAAUCCCUGAGCUCCGGGGAUGGAUCUUGACAUGGACGACUACAUCGAUCCCUACGAGGAGGCCGAGGCCGAGGCUGCGGCGGAGGCCGCCGGAAUAGCGGGCCCCAACGCCGAGGACUCCGACGACGACCCUGACUCGGACGACUCGGACGCGGAGAGCGACUACGAGGAGCAGUCGUUCGGCCUCCUCACGUCCGGCAAGCACCGGGUGCGAAACCCGGACGGCACCUUCCGCUGCCCCUUCUGCCCUGGCAAGAAGAAGCAGGGGUACAAGAUCAAGGACCUCCUCCAGCAUGCCGACGGCAUCGGCGUCUCCAGCAAGCACCGCCGCCACGGCCGCGAGCGCGCGUCUCACCGCGCCUUCGCCCGCUUUGUCCGCACCGAUCCGUCCUUCGCGGAGGACCUUGUUGGCAUCACUGGCAUCCUCGGUGCCAUUAAACCCGCCCCUGCUAACUCCAAUGGCAGUGGAAGUGCCACCGGGGAGGCCAAAGCCAAUGCUGCUCCUGCCAGAUCCAGUUCUGUGCCGGCAGAGAAUGGGGUGCUGCCGCUGGAGGUUGAGAGGUAUGCUUGGCCAUGGGCUUGUGUUCUUGCAGCCGGUUCAGGGUUCAAUGCUGAGGAGUUUGCUGGUAGAGUAGCCAUGUUUAGUUUUGUUGAGGUUGUGCCUUUGUUUGUUGAUGGGAUGGACAGCAUCGGAACCUUUGCAAUUGUGAGGUUUACCAAUGAUUGGAGUGGAUUUAAUGAUGCGCUUACGCUUGAGAACCAUUUCAGCGUGAAUAGGCUGGGGAAGAAGGAAUUUGAGAUAAGUAGUAGUGGUAUGGGUGCUGCAGAAGGGGAGGGAGGUGAAUGUGAGGUCAAGGUUUACGGGUGGGUUGCCCGAGAGGGGGAUUACAAUGGAGGAACUGUGGUGGGAAGGUUCUUGAGGAAGCAUACCAUCCUGAAAACAAUAGAUGAGGUCUCCAAGACUGAGUCAGAGAAGUCAGGGGAGAUGGUGGCGAGACUGGCAUCUCAGAUUGAGGAAAAGAACCGAUACUUGCAUGAUUUGGAGACAAAGAAGAAUGCGACAGAACUCUCCAUCUCACGGCUUGAGGAGGACAACAGGAAGCUACAUGAGGCAUACAAUGAAGAAAUGCGCAAUCUUCAUCGCAGGGCUCGUGAAAAUGCUCUGCGAAUUUUCCAAGAAAAUGAAAACUUGAGGCAAGAAUUAGAUAAUAAGAGGAGAGAACUGAAUUCACGAGCUAAGCAACUUGAAAAGCUGUCAGCUGAGAAUGCUAACGACAGGAAGACACUCGAUGAUGAGAGGCAGAAGGCGAAAGAUGAUAAUAGUGAACUUGAGUUAGCCAGUAUAGAGCAGCAGAGGGCUGAUGAAGAUGUUCUGAAGUUAUUGGAUGACCAGAAGAGGGAAAAGGAAGAUGUAUUUGCAAGGAUGCUCCAACUGGAAAAGGAGCUGCUUGAGAAGCAGCAACUUGAGCUUGAAGUUGCACGGUUGAAUGGUACACUCCAAGUAAUGAAACAUUUGGAGGGAGAUGAUGAUGGGGAUAUUCACGAGAAGAUGGAGAAGCUGAGUGAAAGAUUAGAGCAUGAGAAGAAGCGUCUGGAAGAUUUGAGUGGAGAUCUUGUGAGGAAAGAGCGUGAAAGUAACGACGAGUUGCAACAAGCCCGAAAAGAAUUGAUUUUGGGUUUGGAGGACGAGCUAAAUGGGCGGACAGCUAUUGGGGUCAAAAGGAUGGGAGAACUCGAUGAAAAGCCGUUUCAAAAUGCAUGCAAGAGGAAAUACGGAAACGAUGAUUACCUAGCCAAAGCAGCAGAGCUGGUCUCAAGUUGGCAGGAGGAAUUGAAGAAGCCAUCCUGGCAUCCUUUUAAGGUUGUCCAGGUUAAUGGAGAAGAUAAGGAAGUUCUAGAUGACGAUGAUGCAAAACUGAAGUACCUGUGGAUUGAGUAUGGCGAUGACGUGUGCAACGCGGUGAAGACUGCGCUGAUGGAGAUAAACGAGUACAACCCCAGUGGGCGGUAUGUGGUGUCCGAGCUCUGGAACUUCAGUAAAGGCCGGAAGGCGACGAUGAAGGAGGUGCUGAAGUACCUGUUCAGGCAGAUGGAGACAACCACCAAGCGCAGGAGGGGUUGAAGAGGCGCCCUGGGCUCCGUGACCGCACCUAGCCAAUCAGUAGUCGUGUGCGCGCGCCAUAUGCGCGCCGUCGGUGCCAUUGUGGGAGACCUGUGCUGCUUGAUCCCCUCCUGGCAUUGGAGAUGUAUCCUGUGUUCCAUCCAUUACUAGUGUCUCUGAUGUGUGCCUGUGGUGCUGUUGCCGCUUGCAUCAUUAAAACUGAUGUGAUCGGUGAACUGAAUAAUACCAAACCUGUUCGUGCUCUUCUUAGGUGUGUGUAUAUUGUGCAGGUGUACAUAUGUAGCACUACAAGUGUUGGCCUUGUACUGAUGUGAGCUGAUCAGCUGAGCAUUCCCCCCUGAAACGUACUGAUGCUUUGGGGUA